CCAUCACGCCGCUCGUUGUCGGCCAUUUUUACAAGUACAAGCUCCCCGAAACACUAAACACAACACAACCCCGUUAUUUUUGUAAACAUUAACGGAGUAUACCACUGCAGUGAGACGCGAACAGCAGUCAUGUCCGACUUUAUUGAGAGCGAGGCCGAGGAGUCAGAGGAGGAGUUUGAUGAGAAAGACCUCAAGCCUAAAAAGACCCAGAGGUUUCUGGAGGAAGAUGAUGAAGAGGAAGAAGAGAACACAGAGGACCAGGAUGAGCGAGGAAAUUUACGCGGACUCAUUGAUGAUGGAGAAGAGGAAGAGGGGGAGGAAGAGCGUCCAAAAACUGCAAGUGCAGCGGGGAGUGACUCAGAAGAGGAAGUCAGGCAUCGCCGUAAAAAGCGCAAUUAUGACGACUACCUUGAUGACGAUGAUCUGGACCUAAUUGAGGAAAACUUGGGUGUAAAAGUGAAAAGGAGGAAAAAGAAAUAUGAACGUGUAAAAACACUUGAUGAUGACGAAGAGGAUGACGACCAGAAGGACAUGAUCGCAGAUGAGAUCUUUCAUGGAGAUGAUCAGGGAGAGCUGGAGGAAGGCGAGGCUGUCGAUGAGCCUCUUCACCACGCAGAUGACGAAGAAGAAGGAGAGGACGAGGAGUCAGAUAUAGACGAUUUUAUUGUUGAUGAUGAUGGCCAACCCAUCACCAGAAAGAGGGGCAAAAAAUUCUCAGGAUACACGGACGCAGCCCUCCAGGAGGCCCAAGAAAUCUUUGGCGGAGACUUUGACUUUGCUGACUUUGACGCAGACGCAUACGACCAGGGGGAGGAGGAGGAAGAGGACCAGGAUGAAGAGAGUUGGGAUCGACCCAAGAAGCAGACGAAGAGGAGGCAGGGGAGGAAGAGCAUCUUUGAGAUCUACGAGCCCAGUGAGCUGGAAAGUAGUCACAUGACUGACCAAGACAAUGAGAUCCGCUCGACAGAUAUGCCCGAAAGGUUCCAGUUACGAUCCAUCCCUGUUAAACCUGCUGAGGAUGACGAGCUGGAAGAGGAAGCAGAGUGGAUCUUCAGACAUGGCUUCUCCACUCUUACUAUCUCCAUGCAGGAGAGCACAGAUUAUUUAGACAGAGGGACGACCACGAACUUCAGCCGGAAAGGCCCCAGCACGAUUGCUAAGAUCAAAGAGGCCCUCAACUUCAUGAGGAAUCAACAAUUUGAGGUCCCAUUCAUCGCUUUCUACAGGAAAGAAUAUGUGGAGCCUGAGCUAAACAUCAAUGACCUGUGGAAGGUGUGGCAGUGGGAUGAAAAGUGGACUCAACUGAAGUCCCGCAAGCAGAACCUGACCCGUCUGUUUCGGAAGAUGCAGUCCUACCAGUUUGAGCAGAUCUCAGCCGACCCCGACAAACCUUUGGCUGACGGCGUCCGUCCUCUGGACACCGCUGACACAGAGAGGCUAAAAGAUGUGCAGACUCUUGAAGAGCUGGGUGAUGUGUACAACCACUUCCUGCUCUACUACGGCCGAGACAUCCCCAAGAUGCAGAACACUGCCAAGUCCAGCAAGAAGAGGCUCAAGAAGAUCAAAGAAGUGUCCGAGGAUGGUGAAGAAGAGGAAUUGGAGGUAGAAGAAGAAGAAGAACAACAGAAAGGACCUGACCUCAAGCUGGCGUCUCGUAGAGAUAUGUACACCAUCUGUCAGAGCGUGGGACUUGAUGGCUUGGCUAAAAAGUUUGGCUUAACUCCAGAGCAGUUUGGAGAAAAUUUGAGAGACAGUUACCAGCGUCACGAGACCGAGCAGUUCCCGGCCGAGCCUGUGGAGCUGGCCAAAGAUUAUGUUUGCAGUCAGUUCAGCACUCCCGAGGCAGUGCUGGAAGGAACCAGGUACAUGGUGGCCAUGCAGCUUGCUCGUGAACCGCUGGUCAGACAUGUUCUCCGACAGACCUUUCAGGAGAGGGCCAAGAUCAACAUCAAGCCUACGAAGAAGGGCAAAAAGGAGGUAGACGAGGCUCAUUUUGCCUACUCCUUCAAGUAUCUUAAGAACAAGGCUGUAAAAGAGCUGAAUGGGGAUCAGUUCUUGAAGAUGUGCCUGGCAGAGGAGGAGGGACUGCUUUCCAUUGACAUUUGUAUAGACCUUAUAGGGGUCAAAGGGUAUGCUGGAGACCAGACGUACUUUGAUGAGAUCAAGCAGUUCUACUACAGGGAUGAGUUCAGUCACCAGGUGCAGGAGUGGAACAGGCAGCGAACUUUAGCAAUAGAGAGAGCUCUCACUCAGUUCCUCUACCCUCAGAUGGCCAAGGAGCUCAAGAGCAAACUGAUCACUGAGGCCAAAGAGAGCAUUGUCAGGUCCUGCUGUCGUCGGUUGUAUAACUGGCUCAAGGUGUCUCCUUACCGGCCAGAUCAGCAGGUUGAGGAAGACGAUGAUCUGAUGGACGAGAGUCAGGGCAAAGGCAUACGCGUGCUGGGUGUAGCCUAUGCGCCCAGCAGCAGAGAUACACCGGUGUUCUGUGCUCUGAUCAAUGGCGAAGGGGAGGUGGUCGACUUCUUGCGUCUGCCCUACUUCAUGAAGAGGAGGAACGCCUUUAGGGAGGAUGACCGAGAGAAGAAGGCCCACGACAUCGAAAGUCUCAAGAAGUUUCUGUCUGGCAAGAAGCCUCAUGUGGUAGCUGUCGCUGGGGAAAGCCGAGAUGCUCAAAUGAUCAUGGAGGACAUCAAGAGGACUAUCAGCGAGCUUGAGCAAGAGUCCUCUCUGCCUGCUGUUGGUGUGGAACUUGUUGACAAUGAGUUGGCCACACUGUACAUGAACAGCAAGAGAUCUGAGACGGAUUUUAGGGAUUACCCUCCCUUACUGCGACAGGCUGUGUCGAUAGCCAGGAAGAUCCAGGAUCCGCUGAUGGAGUAUGCUCAGGUUUGCAGCAGUGAUGAUGACAUUCUCUGCCUGAAACUCCACCCGCUACAGGAACAUGUGGUGAAGGAAGAUCUGCUCUGCGCUCUUUACUGUGAGUUCAUCAACCGUGUUAAUGAGGUCGGAGUGGAUGUGAACAAGGCCAUCGCCCAUCCUCACACUCAGAGCCUAGUCCAGUAUGUCUGUGGUCUGGGACCAAGAAAGGGCUCCCAGCUGCUCAAGAUUCUGAAGCAAAACAACACUCGACUUGAAAACAGAACUCAGCUGGUCACAAUGUGUCACAUGGGACCCAAAGUUUUUAUCAACUGCGCUGGUUUCAUCAAGAUCGACACAGCAUCGCUUGGGGACAGUACCGACUCCUACAUUGAGGUUCUGGAUGGAUCUCGUGUCCACCCUGAGACGUACGAGUGGGCUCGCAAGAUGGCUGUGGACGCCCUCGAGUAUGAUGAGUCGGCAGAAGAUGCCAACCCGGCUGGAGCUCUGGAAGAGAUUUUGGAAAACCCAGAACGUCUCAAAGAUCUGGACCUGGAUGCCUUUGCUGAAGAGCUUGAGAGACAGGGUUACGGCAACAAGGGGAUUACUCUGUAUGAUAUCCGUGCAGAGCUGAGCUGCAGAUACAAAGACCUGAGAGUUGCCUACAGAGUCCCCAACACUGAGGAGGUCUUCAACCUGCUCACCAAGGAGACUCCGGAGACCUUUUAUAUUGGUAAGCUGAUCACCAGUAUAGUAACUGGUAUUGCUCACCGGCGGCCUCAGGGAGAGAGCUACGACCAGGCCAUCCGUAAUGAUUCUACAGGGCUGUGGCAGUGUCCCUUCUGCCAGCAGGACAACUUCCCUGAACUCAGCGAGGUGUGGAAUCACUUUGACAGCGGUUCAUGUCCAGGCCAGGCCAUCGGGGUGCGGUCCAGAUUAGAUAAUGGCGUCCAGGGAUUCAUUCCCACCAAGUUCCUCAGUGACAAAGUGGUCAAACACCCCGAGGAGAGGGUCAAGGUGGGCAUGACGGUUCACUGUCGCAUCAUGAAAAUCGACAUUGAAAAGUUCAGCGUCGACCUCACGUGCCGCACCUCCGAUUUGAUGGACAAGGCCAACGAGUGGAAGCUCCCCAAAGACAGCUACUAUGACUUUGACACAGAGACCGAGGACCAAAAACAGGAGGAGGAGCUCAAAAAGAAACAACAGCGAACACCAUACAUAAAGCGUGUGAUUGCCCACCCCAACUUCCACAAUAUUAGUUUCAACCAGGCAGAGAAGAUGAUGGAGGCCCUGGACCAGGGAGACUUGAUCAUCAGACCCAGCAGCAAGGGAGAGAACCACCUCACAGUCACCUGGAAAGUGGCGGAUGGCAUCUACCAGCAUGUGGAUGUGAGAGAAGAAGGCAAAGAGAACGCGUUCAGCUUGGGCCACACUCUCUGGAUCAACAGUGAAGAGUUUGAAGAUCUGGAUGAAAUCACUGCUCGGUAUAUUCAGCCUAUGGCGUCAUUUGCCAGGGAUCUACUGGGGCAUAAGUACUUCCAGGACGGCCUCUGGGGGAUCAAGGAGAAAAUGGAGGAGCUGUUGGUCAAGACAAAGCGGGAGAAGCCUACUUUUAUUCCUUACUUUCUUUCGGCGUGUAAAGAGAUGCCCGGAAAAUUCAUACUGGGCUACCAGCCUCGCGGAAAACCACGGGUCGAGUAUUUGACUAUCACCCCGGAUGGCUUCCGCUAUCGUUCACAGAUAUUUCCCACAGUGAAUGGACUAUUCCGUUGGUUUAAGGACCAUUACCAAGAGCCUGUGCCGGGUAUCACUCCCAGCAACAGCAGCCGAACAAGGACACCCGCAUCCCUGAACGCCACGCCAGCCAAUAUCAACAUCGCAGACUUGACGCGAGCUGUCAACGCCCUCCCACGCAACAUGACCUCCCAGAUGUUCAGUGCCAUCGCCGCAGUCACAGGCCAGGGCCAGAACCCCAACACCACCCCCGCACAGUGGGGCUCCAGCCAGUACGGCUACGGUGGCAGCACGGGAGGAGGAGGAGGAGGAGGAGGAGGAGGAGGAGGGAGCUCCUCUGCUUAUCAUGUAUUUGCCACACCCCAGCAGCCCAUGACGACGCCCUUGAUGACACCCAGCUACUCUUACACUACACCGAGCCAGCAGGCCCUGGGUACGCCGCAGUACACCAGCACCACUCCGCAGUCCUCGCACUCUCACACACAAGGCCAUCCCCAAGGAAGCCAUGUGUCACACCACAGCCAUCACGGCCACAGCAGUCACAACAGCCACUCAUCCGGCACGCCGUCGUCCUCUACCUCAUCCAGAGGAAGGACGCCGCAGCAGCAGCAGCAGCCGCCGCAGCCGCCGCAGCCGCCAAAGGCCGGCGGCAGCAACGCCUCUGCAGUGGACUGGGGCAAGAUGGCGGAGCAGUGGCUGAAGGAAAAAGAGGCGGAGGGGCGGAAGAAAACCCAGAGGAUGACGCCACGACCGUCGCCCAGCCCAAUGAUAGAGAGCACACCCAUGUCCAUCGCCGGAGACGCCACGCCCCUACUGGACGAGAUGGACCGAUAGGACAUGGAGGGGGGAGUCGCUACACCCCCCGCCCCCCAACUCAACUCCAUCCUUCGUGCCACUUCUUCGUCUGGAUAACCCUCCACUUUUAUUGUCUCUCUCCCACAGCCCAUGAGCCCCUGACUGUCCAUUCAUACUCGCCCGCUGAUAUUGUAGCUGCAGUUUAUCUGUCUGGUAUCAUGGCUCCUCUCCUUCCUUCCUCUUGUCUUCCUGUAUCCCUCCCCAGACAGAUUCACCUCCUGAAAUGCAGCCAACCCCUCUGGCUGCACAGUAUUCUGUACAGUCAGAUUAACACGUUAUGUGUCAUGCAGAAAGUAAUUUCAAUGGGAAAAAAAAGAAACUUGAAUAUCAGACAGCAGUUUAAUAUAGGAUAUGGACCUAAAACAGACAAUGUCAGACAAGCUGUCCUUCUUUCUUUAUUUUUUGCGACUGGUUGUAGUUUGAUCCAUGAAUGGCUUUGACAGAGGGGCACAGUUGCCGUUUCCAGAAUCCGCUUUUCCUCCUUUUACGGUUUCUGGAUUUUUGCGAGCAGUUGCCAAAAUAGCGUUAUGCCAAGCCAAUCAGGAAAUAUAAUUUUUUGUAUGGAAUGCGUCAGAAUAAAUAAAGCCUGUUUUUUCUGUUUAAACCUUAAGCCUUUGCUCUUCACAUCUGUCAAAACCAAACACACCUGGGACCGUACCGACACACGCGUCAAGUGUGAGGGCUGAGUCUGAUUUAAGAAAGAAAAAAAAUCUAAAUGAAUUCAAGGAGAAACCGUCAUGUGAGCUUGAGUUACUGCUAGUCGUCUGUGUCCACUACGUGCUGUAUUAUGAUCAGCUGACUUCAUUUAUUUGGCUCCUGUAGAUAGCCUCUAUUGUAUUGUUCACUCUUAUUUGACCUGCGAAUUCUGUGUGGACUAACAUUCAAGGCACCAGUGCUUGUUUGAGAAGACUUGGUCUGCGUCUAUGCGAGGCGGCACAGAAGAAGCCGGUUUCGCAUUUUUAAACGGUUGAUUUUAGUAACCCAUAAGUGGAAGUACCUCGUCAUGUCAGUGUUCAUUUUUGAAAAGUUCACUCAAAUUUGGCUCUCAUGUGUCUUCAUUGUUCAGUGAGUAUUUUAGCCUUUGACACUUUUUGGGAUUUGAUGUUUGCCACCUUGCAGGAUGUGAUCUCCCGAAGCACAGCUGCUGCAUUUCAGCUCAAGACAGUAUCAACAGUAAAAAAAAACUAAUUUAAGAUGUUCCAGUGGAUGAGUUCACUGUCAGAAGAAGCUACUAUCAGACUGACUUCCCACUGCGUUUGUAUGUAUAAUAUUCUGAACUGCACGCAGCUAUUUCAGUAGAAUGAAUAUAUUGUUGUUUAAAACACAUUGAAUCUCUAUUGUGAUCGUCGUGUGGCAGUUUUAAGCCACACUCUGCAUCCCUCUUGACUUACGCAUCAGGUUGUUCUUAUUCUCUGCUGUGCCUCUAUGCCACAGUACAAACGAGCAGCGCUGGUAUUCAAUGGUAUGCUUCAUUUUGCGGUGUGCAAAGUAUCAUGGUCCCAUAAUAUGCAUAUUGUUUUAAAUAAUUAUGUUUUUGGAGUAAACUUGGUUUUACGUCUCUUGCCAGAUUGAGAUCUUUCUCAGCGUGGCUGCGAUUGGUUCGGCGGUAGUUGGUGAUUGAGGAGAAAUGAUGUCUCUGGCACUGCUGAUGACCUUUUCUACCUGUGAGCCCUUUAAUAAAAGUGUUCAUAUUAAAA